AUGCGCACGCAAUAUCUCAUCUUGUUUUCAAUCCUCUCACUUUUCCUUGCCUUGUUCUUCUAUCAACAAGUACAAGAAUCAAAAAAAACAACAUCAUCACUCGAUUUUAAACAAGGAAUGUCUUCAGCAACAACUUCUGGAAGAGGAUUAAAAGCCAUUGUAGUAGGAUCAACAGGUUUGGUCGGAAAGAACGUUGUCAGAGUCUUGUCUCAACAAAAUCCUCAAGAAUAUGCCAAGAUUGUGGCCAUUUCGAGAAGAAAGGACAAUCCAUUCAAUUAUGAAACAAGUGUUCCUAUUGAACAUAUUACAUUGGAUAGUUUGGAUAAUUUGGAUCAAAUUUCUGAUGUUUUUAAUGAAGUAGAUGAAGCAUAUUGUUGCUUGGGAACAACUAUCAAAAGAGUUGGAAAUGAUAAGCAAAAGUUUAGACACGUUGAUUUUGAUUAUCCAGAUUCAUUUGCUAAUUUGGUUUACAAAUCAUUCACCAAUGCUGCUCAGAACACUUCCGAGAAUUUGAAACAAUUCUUCCUUGUCACUUCUACAGGAGCUGAUAGCAGUUCAAUGUUUUUCUACAAUCAAGUGAAGGGAGAUAUUGAAAAGUCGGUUGCUCAAAAGCAAUUGGAUUAUCAACAAUUUACUCAAGGAAAAUCACUCAAUCAAUCUUCUUACUGUCACAUUAUCAAACCAGGUUUAUUAAUUGGAGAACGUGAAAAUGAUGAAAGAUUUGGAGAAAAGGUUGCUCAAAAUUUGAAUAAUUUAUUAUCGUGGGCACUUCCAAGAAGUGUGAGUGGAAUUAAGGGAGAGGAAGUUGCCAAAGCAAUGCUUCAAAUUGCUGCCACAACAAGACAACAAAAAUUGGAUCUUUUGAAGGAAAGAGAUUCUCAUUCAUCUGUUGGAGGAGUGGAUCAAGCAACUCGUUUCACAAAUCGAAUCUUUGCUCAUGGAAAUGCAAAUCUCAAAGAUUAUUCAGAUGAGUAUGAUCUUACUCGUAAAUAA